CUCAAUUCCAGUAAUCUUAUUCAUCCCAGACCAUUGCCCAUUAUACUCAUAUAUAAUCCUGUUUCGCUUUUUUGAUCAUUUAAGAAUUUACUGCUUGCUCCAACUCAGUAAGAAAAGAUCCUCCAAGUUUACCACAACACAAACACCACCAAAAUGCCCGGCGUCGACCCCGCCAUGACCGCGCCAGAGGACGAAGGGCCUUUAGAAAGGCUUCCCUUCCCACCGGUUACAAAGCAGCAUAUAUUAAACUGUUCCUAUUCCUCAUGGUACCCAAAAUACCGCACCUCAACCCUCCGCAGUCGCCUCAUCCCACUCACAGCCGCCUUCCUCGACUACCUGCGCGAAGACGGCCUCUGGCUCCCAGACGACGAUGACCAACCCUACGAAGAAACCGAGUGGUCAGCGGCAAACGCCGACAAACCCGCAGACCCCGAGUUCGAAGCCCAAGCGCAACCAAACGACGCAUCAGCAUUCGCAGACGUACACAGUGUGAUUAAAUCCACCAUCGCAGAGCUCGGCGGCUCCGUCGUACCCAAGUUGAACUGGUCAGCGCCCAAGGAUGCUCUGCACAUGGCGCUGUCGAAGAACUCGAUUGCGUGUCAGACGCCUCAGGAUAUAUACCUGUUGCUUAAGAGCUCUAUCUUCGUGACUCAUGAUCUGGAGCAUGCGUUCGAUGAUUGUGCGAAUCCCGAGCAUCCGCCGUUUAUAAGAGAUAUCGAAUACACCCUCGUACUCCGACCGUAUUUCAAAAUCAACACCUCAUUCGAGUUCCGAGUAUUUGUGCGCGACCGCACUAUUGUGGGGAUUUGUCAGCGUGAGCUGAAGCAUGUCGAUUACAGCCCGGAACUCCUCAACAAAAUACAAACCGAGAUUGAAGACUUCUACGAGAGCAAACUGAAGGACUCGCUCCCGGAUCCGAGUUUUGCUUUUGAUGUAUAUUUGCCCGAGCCUCAUGAUAAGGUCAGACUCAUUGACAUCAACCCCUGGGCCCAACGGACGGACCCAUUGCUGUUCUCGUGGCUCGAAUUACUUACCAUAUCAUUGCCCAAGCCACUUCUGGGACAAGGAGAUACUUCAGAGAGCCCGGCUCUGCCGGAAAGGAGUGCCGAAGAAGAAGCGACUGACACGGAAGACGAAGGCGUUGAGGAGUUGCCUUUCAAGGCAGAGUUUAGGGUAGUGAAGAAGGAUGAUCCAGAAGCUUAUAACUUCGGAACUGCGCCAUACAGUGCGCAUAAGCUUCCGAAGGAGGUCGUAGACGCUGGUGAAGAGGGAGGGGAGGCGUGGAGAGUUAUUAUGGAGAGGUGGGAGAAGUUGGGGAGGGGAGAGGCAGUUGAUGACAGUGAUGAUAGCGCUGACGAGUGAGCACAUCGGCGUAUGAAAAAUAAAAGGGCAGUAUAGAAGAGGAUAAACUACAGGGAUUAUAAAAUGCUCGGACGACACGCUAUAGCUAGAAAGGAACACAAACGUAAAUGGCACAUGCUACUAUAUCAUACCGUUCAGGGGCAGUUUGCUGCACAGUCAGUUCAGUCACGUUUGUGAAGCACCAGAGUGAUGGCUACUAAAUCAAGACUUGUUCAGUUAAUAUAUUAUAUGGUUCUAUAGCCAAGAUGAAUAAACUAAUCCAAGG